CAACGCCAGGCCCGCCGAGCCCACCAUGCCGCGCCCGGCCCCCGCGCGCCGCCUCCCGGGGCUCCUCCUGCUGCUCUGGCCGCUGCUGCUGCUGCCGCUCCCCGCCGCCCCCGACCCCGUGGCCCGCCCGGGCUUCCGGAGGCUGGGGACCCGCGGCCCCGGGGGCAGCCCUGGACGCCGCCCCACUCCCGCGGCUCCGGACGGCGCGCCCUCUUCAGGGGCCAGCGAGCCCGGCCGCGCCCGCGGCGCAGGUGUUUGCAAGAGCAGGCCCUUGGACCUGGUGUUUAUCAUUGAUAGCUCUCGUAGCGUACGGCCCCUGGAAUUCACCAAAGUGAAAACUUUCGUCUCCCGGAUAAUCGACACUCUGGACAUUGGGCCGGCCGACACACGGGUGGCAGUAGUGAACUAUGCUAGCACCGUGAAGAUUGAGUUCCAACUCCAGGCCUACACAGAUAAGCAGUCCCUGAAGCAGGCUGUGGGUCGAAUCACACCCUUGUCAACAGGCACUAUGUCAGGCCUGGCCAUCCAGACAGCAAUGGAUGAAGCCUUCACAGUGGAGGCAGGUGCUCGAGGGCCCUCCUCUAACAUUCCUAAGGUGGCCAUUAUUGUCACAGAUGGGAGGCCCCAGGACCAGGUGAAUGAGGUGGCGGCUCGGGCCCGAGCAUCUGGUAUUGAGCUCUAUGCUGUGGGUGUGGACCGGGCAGACAUGGAGUCUCUCAAGAUGAUGGCCAGUGAGCCUCUAGAGGAGCAUGUUUUCUAUGUGGAGACUUAUGGGGUCAUUGAGAAACUGUCCUCUAGAUUCCAGGAAACCUUUUGUGCACUGGACCCCUGUGAGCUUGGAACACAUCAGUGCCAGCACGUCUGCAUCAGUGACGGGGAAGGCAAGCACCACUGCGAGUGUAGCCAAGGAUACACCUUGAAUGCUGACAAGAAAACAUGUUCAGCUCUUGAUAAGUGUGCUCUUAACACCCAUGGAUGUGAGCACGUCUGUGUGAAUGACAGAAGUGGCUCUUAUCAUUGUGAGUGCUAUGAAGGUUAUACCUUGAAUGAAGACGGGAAAACUUGUUCAGCUCAAGACAUAUGUGCUUUGGGUACCCAUGGGUGUCAGCACAUUUGUGUGAAUGACGGAACAGGUUCCUAUCACUGUGAAUGCUAUGAGGGCUACACUCUGAAUGCAGAUAAAAAAACAUGUUCAGCUCAAGACAAAUGUGCUUUGGGUACCCAUGGGUGUCAGCACAUUUGUGUGAAUGACGGAACAGGUUCCUAUCACUGUGAAUGCUAUGAGGGCUACACUCUGAAUGCAGAUAAAAAAACAUGUUCAGUCCGUGACAAGUGUGCCCUAGGCUCUCAUGGUUGCCAGCACAUUUGUGUGAGUGAUGGGGCCACAUCCUACCACUGUGAUUGUUAUCCUGGCUACACCUUGAAUGAGGACAAGAAAACAUGCUCAGUGAUUGAGGAAGCACGAAGACUCGUUUCCACUGAAGAUGCUUGUGGAUGUGAAGCUACAUUGGCAUUCCAAGAUAAGGUCAGCUCGUAUCUUCAGAGACUGAACACUAAACUUGAUGACAUUUUGGAGAAGUUGAAAGUAAAUGAAUAUGGACAAAUACAUCGUUAAAUUGCUCCAAUUUCACGGAGCUGGAAAUGUGGACAGCUUGGUAUACUUAAUAUUCAUGCAUUCUUUUGCACACCUGUUAUUGCCAAUGUUCCUGCUAAUAAUUUGCCAUAAGCUGUAUUAAUGCUUGAAUAUUACUGGAUAAGUUGUAUGAAGAUCUUCUGAAGGAUCAGCAUCAUUUUUUCAAGGAAAUAAAUACACAGAUCCUUAUUAAGAGCAAACUUUAAUGUCUCUAACUUAUGACUGUGAAAUGGUUGGUAGGAAAUAGAAUGAAAAGUUUGUUUCUGUAUCUACUAAUUGAGCCAUUUAAUUUUUAAAUGUUUAUAUUAGAUAACCAUAUUCACGAUGGAAACUUUAGGUCUAGUUUCUUUUGAUAAUAUUUAUAAUAUAAAUCAAUCUUAUUACUAAGUGCAAAUUGUACAAGGUAUUUACACGUACAGCUUCAUAUAAAUGCAAUGAAUAUAAUUUUGAACUGUUUAACACUUUGUUUUUUGCUUAUUUUGUUGGAGUAUUAUUGAAGAUGUGAUCAAUAGAUUGUAAUACACAUAUCUAAAAAUAGUUAACAUAGAUCAAGUGAACAUUAUAUUGCCAUUUUUAAUUCAUUCUGGUCUUUAGAAGAAAUGUACUAAUAAAGAGCACUUGUUGAGAAUUUAGGGCGUUAAACUUUUUACCAAGUACAAAAAACUCUAAAUUUACUUUAUUAUUUUGCUUUAGGAUCCAACUAAUAAAGUUAUAUAUUUAUAAAAUUGCUGUAAGUCGACAAAAGCUAAUGUUGUCUUUUUGAUGUUAGUGAUCCAACCACCGCAGCUUCCCAAAGUGCUGGGAUUACAGGUGUGAAAGCCUAACUUUUUUUUACUUAUAUAUUUGAUACAUAUAAUUUUUUGGCUUUGAAACUUGCAACUUUUAGAACAAAACAGUCCUUUAAAUUUUGCACUGCUCAAUUCUUUUUUUGGUUUGUAUUGUCUUUAAUAUAAUAAAAGUUAUUACCUUUACAUAUUGCGUGUUUUUUGAUGACUCAUCAUCAAUUUUGUCUAUUAAACAUAUUUCCUUAAAUUA